CCGCGUCAGAGAGAGAAUAGGAAGAGGGGGUGGUGUUUGUCUCUCUCUCUCUCUCUCUCUCUCUCAAGUCUCAACCUCUCCCCCUCCAUCGCCGGUGACCUCCCCGGCGGCGCUGCGUCUCCGGCGACCCCGCCGCCACCGCUCCCCAUUUCUCCGAUCGCCGCAUCACGCCCGGUACCCCCCCGCCUUGACCCCGCGCGGCUGCCCAGAUCCACCAGUCUCCUCGCGCUCCCACCCCGCUCCCCACGCGCCGAUCGGCGGGCGGUGGAGGCCCCGCGGCCCGCUUGCUUGAGCGUCAGAUCCAGCGAUCCGCCUGCCGCACGGCCCUGCAUGGACGACUUCCAGGGCCUGCUGGCCCGCGACUUCGGCCUCCGCCCGCAGGGGAAGGCCGCGCCCAUGUCGGCCGCCCGGUCCUCGGGGCCCUCCGGAUCCGCCUGGGCCAGCACCAGAUCCGCCUCGGCGUCCGCCGCCCCCGCCGCGCCCUCGUACGACGACCUCUUCGGGCCCGCUGCGUCCGCCCCGGCGCCAACCAAGCCUGCCCCGGAGCCGUCGGCCUCCUUUGACGCCAUCUUUGACUCGUACAAGGAGCCCUCGUCCGCCGCGCCGCCGCCCAAGCCGAAGCACUCGUCCAUGCCGGUCUACGACAAGCCGGUCUACGACGAUGACAUCUUCGACGGGGUCCCUGGGGUGAAGAGCUCCUCGGCGCCGUACGACGACGUGUUCGGGGGCAGCCAGGGCCACGCGCCGCCUCCGGCUUUCGAUGACCUGCUUGGUGGGUUUGGGAAGAAGUCACAGGGGAGGGAAGAGGCGGAGGAGAAGAGGAAGCCGAAGCCUGCUGCUGCGUCCACUGGGUUCGAUGAUUUGAUCCCAGGAUUUGGCGGGAGAAGCUCGCCACGGCAAAGGGAGACUGUUGGUGCAAAAGAAAAGAAGGUUUCCAUGUCAACAUCUAAGCCAACUGCUAGCAUGGCAAGUGACCCCUUUGUUGUUCUUGAAACAACUUCAUCAUCAGCUCAUCCAUUUACAGAUCCCUUGGAUGAAUUGGGUAAACCUGCAAAAUAUCAAGGGAAAAGCCAUGAAAGUACUGGCACUGACAGCAGCUUGUUUGAGGAUCCAAGCACUUUCAACCAGGCAUCAAAAUCAGAACCUUUGUUCUCAGAGGUGGACAAUGUAACGAAAGAUAGGAAUGACUCGAGCAGAGGCCGAGACUCAAAUCCUGUACAAAGUUUCCCCAAAAGGAACUCUGCCCAACAACCUUCUGUAGAGGAUUUUGAAAAUAUCUUUCCUAAGUCACAGUCUGCCAGAUAUUCUGAUGUCCAUGUUGACAUUGGCACUGAGAAAUACAGUGGGAAUGGUAUAAAUGAUCAGUCACCAAGAUCUGAUGAAUCUGAAGAUGAGAUAUGGCUUACAGUUUCUGAGAUUCCGCUCUUCACACAGCCAACUAGUGCCCCACCACCUUCAAGACCACCACCACCUCUUGCAAUUAAGCAAAAACAGCAUGGAUCGAAAUCAAAAAGAAAAGAUGAUGAGUAUCUACGGCGGUCUAGGAAAAACUAUGAUCAUCAAAGAAGUUCAUCAAAUAAGGCUGGUGUUUCUUCAGUAGAUGAACUAGAAGAUUUUGCCAUGGGCAAGUCUCAGAAUGCACAUGCUUUUAAUGAGGAAGAAUUUGAGAGAAGCACAGCAGCAGCAGCAUCUGCAGCUGCUAUGAAAGAGGCCAUGGAUAAAGCUGAGGCAAAGUUCAAACAUGCCAAGGAAGUACGAGAGAGAGAACGUGAUGCAAAGCUUAGAAAUAGAGAACAUCAGGAACAAGAUAAUGAAGCAAGGUCGUAUGCCCAGGAUCGUGAGGACAAAGAGAGAAAGGAAAGACUAGAACAAGAAAGAGAGAUGAGGCAAAAAGAAGAAAAGGAAAGAGAGCAAAGAAGACUUGAAGAAGAGAGAGAACUUGAGCGACAGAGAGAAAGAGAAAGAGCUAGGCAAGCAGUGGAAAGAGCUACAAAGGAGGCAAGGGAAAGAGCAGCUGCUGAGGCUCGUGCAAAAGCAGAAAGGGAGGCACGCCAACGUGCAGAACGUGCUGCGGUGCAGAGAGCUCAACAGGAAGCACGUGAGAGGGCUGCAGUGGAUGCUAAAGAGCGAGCAGAAGCUAAGGAAAGGGCUGCUGCUGAAGCUAAGGAGAAAGCUGCUAGUCAAGCCAGGGAUAGGGCUGCAGCAGAAAGAGCUGCUGUGGAGAGAGCUCAGCAAGAAGCGAGGAAGAGAGCUGAACGAGCGGCAGUGGAAAGGGCUGCUGCUGAGUCUCGGGAAAGACAGGCUGCCGCUGCUGCGGCUGCAGCUGCAAGAGAAAAACAGAGUAAACCAGAUGAUCUUGAGUCAUUCUUCGGUAUGGGCGCCCGAGCUAAUAGUGCUCCGAAGCAAAGGGCCCCGGAUUCAAUGUUUGAUACUCAAACGCAAAAUAGAGGGACUUCCACUUCAGCAUCAAUGAAAAAGGCAUCAUCAACAACAAAUAUUGCUGAUGACUUGUCUGCAAUAUUUGGAGGAGCUCCUACAUCAUCAGAUGAAUUUCAAGAAAUUGAUGGAGAGAGUGAAGAAAGAAGGCGUGCUAGAUUGGAACGGCAUCAAAGAACUCGUGAACGAGCGGCAAAGGCUUUGGCUGAGAAGAAUGAGCGUGACAUGCAGCAACAACGAGAGCAGGCUGAAAGACAUAGGAUUGCGGAAACACUGGACUUUGAGAUUAAGCGGUGGGCUGCUGGAAAAGAAGGCAAUUUGCGUGCAUUGCUGUCAACUUUACAAUACGUUCUUUGGCCAGAAUGUGGGUGGCAACCUGUAUCCCUUACUGAUUUGAUCACUGCUGCCGCUGUUAAAAAAGUGUACAGAAAAGCAACAUUGUGUAUCCAUCCUGACAAGGUGCAACAAAAGGGUGCAAAUCUCCAGCAGAAAUAUAUUGCUGAGAAGGUUUUUGAUCUCCUUAAGGAGGCAUGGAACAAAUUCAACUCUGAAGAGCUCUUCUAACAAGCCUCAUGAAUGAGCAUACCCAUCAGCGCCUGCACAAGGUUACUCAAGAAGAAACUCCCAAGCUGGAGUGGCUUGCAGACGGGGGGAGGGGGGGUGGGACCAAGCAAAACCUCAACUAUAGCUGUAGUUACUGUAAUCACCAUUGCUUGUUUUUAGUGCCCCCAAUUUUCCUUCCCAUUUGUACGUUGAUUCAAUUACAUCUCACAGCGACAUGCGGCGGCGGCCCUAGCUGGACCUCAUCCAGUAGGUGUAUAUCAGUGCGCUGUUUUGUACUAUUUAUCCUGGGCUGUAUGUGCCGGCAGAGCGGGUGCGGGGCGUGUUGAGAGGCCAGUGUUGUGAUUUUGGAUUAGGUAUACAGGGUUUAAUUACCAUGGAGAGCUGGUUUUACUUGAUGGUCAUGGAUGUUACCUGUCUGGUGCCAUGGGUGCUGUGGUAAGUUUUGGUUUAUCUUGUCCAUAGUCGAUUUGUGGAACAUCCCGUUGUAGCCCAGUCAUCUGAUUGCUGUCUGAUUUUGUAUAAAAAUGAUCUGGAGUUUUGAUUGCUUGGAUU